AUGGAGGAAGAGGCUCGAUUGCAUCACCUCCCUCGGUAUGAGAAGAAGCGCUUGGUCAAGGGCUGGCAUGCCACGCAGCCUCCGUUCGAUCCAGCCCCUUGUGAACCGAACGACGGAUCAAACGGGAUCACACGUGCAGGCAGCCUGCGAUCGCUGUUCGCUACUCCCCCGGGCGCGUUGGAGUACGAAAGUCAGCGGACAGCUACGUGCAGGAGCAUUCCGGACUUGUUCAGCGACAACUGCAGUCAACAAACCGAAGAGAAGCUGCCCAAGACGGUCGGUCAGGUGAAGCACGCGUAUCGUACGCGCGCUCGGAAGCAAGAAGCGCGUGACGCAUCGAAGGCGAUCCGCCAACGAGAAAAGUUUCUGGAGGUGAGAAGAGGACCAAAGUGGCGAGAACAGCUCUCAAAACUAAACAAACAACCUCAACAGCCAGAGCUCAGCGAAUAUCAACAAGGAAACAUAAAAGAUGAAGAGAAUGAAGACGCCGAGGAGGUGAGCGCUUCUUCUCAAGACGAGUCUGGAGGAGAGCUCCAACUGGUGAACCUGCCCGUGGACGAAGUCGUAGUCAACGCAGCAUAUCGGGACGAUACUCUGCGUCAAAUCCGCCACCAUCUAGCCAACGGCGGCGAAGUCCUGCUCCAAAGCGACUGCGCUAGCUCCAAGGAGACCGUGGGCAGCACUCGCCUCAUGCUUCAAACUCUCUGUACGCAGAGCCUCGCGUACUGCGUCCGCGACCAGAACAUCGUGCCCGACUCUCUCCUCCAGCCGCAGUCUACAACGCGCUUAACACUCCGUCUGCUGCCCCGCCACCAGAAAAUGUAG